AAAAGGCGGGGCUACUGAAAUUAUGUCAAUUUAGAACAAAUAUAUUCAGUAUAACAAUAAAUUAAACCAAUGUCCUGGUGUAGGUGGUAAAAGGUGUUAUUCUACUCGGUAUUUGGAUAAAUGCAUUGUAAGUGAGCACACGGGACUAAAAUGGAAGCAGUUAAACAUUUUUUUGGAAACCUUGAUGAGUUUUGCGAUAAAUUUGGAGAUUCAAGAACAAAUGAGUGGCCGCUGGUUCAAGGAAUAACGCCAACUUUAACAUGUGUUGCUGUGUAUUUAUAUGUUGUACUGUAUUUGGGACCGAAAUUUAUGGAAAAUAGAAAGCCAUAUAAUUUAAUGACAAUUAUUAAAGUGUAUAACGUAUUGCAAUUAACAGCAUGCAUAAUCAUUUUUUAUAUGAUCCUAAUUUCUGGGUGGACAACUCAAUAUACGCUGGGAUGUGAACCAAUUAUUUCUGAUAACCCUUACUCAGCUCGAUUGACAAAAUUAUUCUGGUGGACGUACAUGUUGAAAUUAGUAGAAUUCGCCGAAACGAUAUUUUUUAUUCUGCGGAAAAAAACAAGACAAGUAUCUGGUCUUCACGUUUAUCAUCAUGCGUCUACUUUCAUUUUAGCCUGGGCUGCUACAAAAUUCUUUCCCGGUGGCAUGGCUUCGUUUCCAAUUUUGGUCAACUCUAUUGUGCAUAUUAUUAUGUACACUUAUUAUCAAGUAGCAACUUUAGGUCCAUCAUACCAGAAGCAAGCAAUGAAAUUUAAAAAAUAUAUUACAAUAUUACAAAUGGUUCAGUUUGGUAUUCUUGUGGCUCAUACACUUCAAGCUGCGUCAUCUAGUUGUUCUAUGCCUAAUUGGUAUGCGUAUGGUAUGGUACCCGACGUUUUGGUUUUAUUCUAUCUUUUUUACAGAUUUUACAGAAAAACAUAUGAUAAUAAAGUUAAAUCUGUAGAAUCUAAUUGCAUAGGAAAAUCUAAAUAAAAAGUUGUAUUAAGAUACUAGUAAUAUAUUUAUACUUAGUCAAGUAUCAAUUCAAAAUGCUACCUUAGUUAAUUUAUUUUUAAAAUUAUGUAACACAUUUGACCGAUAUUUAUUAAAAAACUAUAAUAAAUUUGUAACUAUUUUUUCAUAUAAACACUUCACACAUAAUUUUUGUUUUACAAUUUAAUUAUUUAUUGCAGUAUGUUAUGCCAACAAUUGUGAAAACUUUUUUUGUAAAAUAUUUUGAGUGUACAAUUGUAUAGAAAUAAGUACAUUAAAGAACUAAGCUUAAAACAGUCCUAAAAAAUUAACUAAAAGAGUAAUGUAAUAAUUAACAACAUUUAACUACAACCGUUAUAUGAGACCAAUAUAGGCAUAAUGUUAUGUUAUCAUCACUGUUAUAGAUGUAUGCUUUUGUCUCAAACAUUGUUUAUUUAAAAAUAGUUUACUCACAUAUGUUAAUAACUAGAAAUUACAAUUUAAAAAUCAAAUAGUAAAUUAGUUUGUUUCAUUCGCUAUAUUACAAAAUUGUAACAGUAAGUUUAAAAUAGCGUAAAAAAGACA